AAGAAGGGUAGUGGGUAGGCAGAGUCUUCGGUCCAUCCCUUUCCAUCCUCUUUCUGAGUCUUCACCUUUUAAUACUUCACAAAAGUUACCCUCUCAGAAGCAGCAGCAGCAGCAAGGAGGAAGAAGAAGCAGAAGGAGAAACAAGAAGAAGAAGAAGAAGGAGUCACCUUCUUUCAAUCAUGUGAGCCUUCUUACCAAAAGCACCGCCACUUGAAGAAGAAGAAGAAGAAGAAGAAGAAGGGAGAAAAAGGAGGAGCUCAAUGGGGGGAGAGAAAUCCGACCAUGAAAUGUCAGAUACGAGCAGCGAAGCCACAUCCAAGGACCAUGGGGAGGCUCCCCAGAUCGGACUAGAUCUGAGGCUAGGCAAGAAGGAACCGAAUUCCGGCGCCGUCCUCGAGCUCAACCUGAUUGAGAACCUCAACGGCGGUGCUUCCCCUGAUCCAGAAACCGAACACGAGAGUGAGCUCGAGCCCAGGGUCUUCUCCUGCAACUACUGUCAAAGGACCUUCCUCAGCUCACAGGCACUAGGCGGCCACCAAAACGCACACAAGAGAGAAAGAACUCUGGCCAAGCGAGGACAGAGGCUCAGCAGCGGCGCGGCCGGGUUCGGCGGCCACCACGGUUUCCAAAGCAUGGCGUCGCUGCCGCUCCACGGGUCGUUCGCAAACCGGUCUCUGGGCAUCCAGGCACACGCCAUGAUUCAUAAGCCCGUCGCCCCCGGCCCGCACCACGUCUGGACCCAGAUGCACUUCGACCAGCGCCCGGGAAUCGGGAAGCACCCACUCGGUGGCUUCGACUCCAGCUGGAGGUCCGGCGGCGCAGCCAGAUUCGACGACGGGUUAGCCAAAUGGCCGGGCAGGAGCUUCGUGCCGCAGAUUGCAGCGGCCGGAGGGGGCGCCACCGCCGCCGGUGCCGCCGAAGGAUUUGGGUGGAAUAGCAGCCAGUUUGAGUCCCAAAAAGAGUGCCACAAGCUGGAUCUCUCGCUAAAGUUAUGAUUUCACCCUUUCUUCAUUUUUUUCGGCGAAUGUUAUGUAAAUGUAUGAUCUUUGUGAUCCUUUAAGAGAUAUAUUUCUAACAA